UAUAAUUGCAACUCUUAUUGAUAUAAAUCAGAUGGUUAGCUUGAGGCCCAAACCCUAAAACGUUUUGAGGACAGAGAGAUAUUAAAAAGGCUCAGCGCCGCACAACGUUCCUCUUUCUUUUUCUUUUUUCUCACAACAACAAUCUCUCCGACUCACACCAUUCCUUUACCCGCGAUUAGAUCGAAAACAAUGGAGCAACAAGGCGACCGCCCCGUGUUGAGCUUGAGGCCUGGAGGUGGUGGUCGUGGAGGAAGCAGACUCUUUGCCCAUCGCCCUUCCUCCUCUUCUUCUGAUUUCACCAAUGGCGCAGACGCUCCUUCUUUUGCCGUCAGGAGAGGAGAGGGUCAUGAGAUUUUGCGUUUCACCAGAGAACAGCUGCUUCAGCUUAAAGAGGCGAUCCAAGUCUCUGAGGAAAUUUUGAAGCUCAGUCGGGAGAUUUCAGCUGAUCUUUUCGGCGAAGAGCAGAGCUGGGGCCGUUCAGAAACCAAGCCUGCAGCUCAAGCUCAGAAUCGUUUCUCCGAGACUGAUAACCGUGAUUGGCAUACUCGUGCACCAGCUCCUUCCCCAAGUAGAGAAAGGUCAAGGGAAGACCAACGCGAACCUAGAGAUGCCCGUGCUGGGUCUGGUCCUCCUCCUGUUCUGGUGAAAGCUGAGGUUCCGUGGUCAGCUAAAAGAGGAACUCUUUCGGAAAAGGACCAAGUCCUCAAGACCGUGAAAGGUAUUCUGAACAAGAUGACUCCUGAGAAGUAUGAUCUCCUUAAAGGUCAGUUAAUUGACUCUGGGAUCACUUCUGCCGAUAUCCUAAAGGGAGUGAUACAGCUGAUUUUUGAGAAGGCUGUACUGGAGCCCACGUUUUGUCAGAUGUAUGCUCUUUUGUGUUUUGAUAUCAAUGGAAAGCUGCCUUCCUUCCCAUCGGAGGAAGCAGGGGGAAAAGAAAUAACAUUCAAAAGAGUACUUUUGAAUAAUUGCCAAGAACAAUUUGAGGGAGCUGACAAAUUGAAGCAAGAAAUCAGACUGAUGACUGAUCCAGAGCAAGAAAUGGAUCGCAGGGACAAAGAAAGAAUGUUGAAGCUUCGAACAUUAGGAAACAUCCGUUUAAUUGGUGAACUUCUGAAGCAGAAGAUGGUGCCCGAGAAGAUAGUCCAUCACAUCGUCCAAGAGCUUUUAGGAAGUGACGUCAAAGCUUGCCCAGCAGAGGAAGAUGUAGAGGCUCUCUGUCAAUUUUUCAUCACCAUUGGAAAACAGCUCGAUGAGAGCCCAAGAUCACGAGGUACAAACGACACAUACUUCCUUCGCUUGAAGGAGCUGGCAAUGCACCCGAUGCUUGCGCCACGCCUGAGGUUUAUGGUCCGUAAUGUUAUUGAUCUGCGAGCUGACAACUGGGUACCAAGGCGGGAGGAGAUGAAAGCCAAGAAAAUUACUGAGAUUCAUUCUGAGGCAGAGAGGAAUCUCGGGUUGCGCCCUGGUGCAAUGGCAAAUAUGAGAAAUAAUAACAACCGUGGUGGUGCAGAUGCUGGUGCAGCUGACUCUGGAAACUUUUAUGGACGUUCUGGUACUGGAGGAAUGAUGCCUGGAAUGCCAGGAGCUAGGAAGAUGCCGGGAAUGCCAGGGGCUAGGCAGAUGCCAGGGAUGCCUGUGACAGAUGAUGACGGCUGGGAGAUGGCACGGUCCCGCUCCAUGCCCAGAGGGAAUAGGCAGAAUCAGCAGCCCGCAGGGCGUGUUCAGUCUCCCGUUAUCGGCAAGUCACCGUCCGUUAAUUCAAGGCUCCUACCUCAGGGCAGUGGAGGUCUCUUGGCUGGAAGACCAAGUGCCCUUUUGCAAGGUAGUGGUGCCGAACAGACGAAACCCCUUCCUUCCCCGAGCAAACCAGCUAUGGAGAAGCCCCAGUCACAGGCACAACCACAGCCACAGGAGGCAGCUUCUCCUAUGGCCACUACCUUGGACUCAGAAGUGCUCAGCAGAAAAACCAAGUCGCUUUUGGAAGAAUACUUCAAUGUACGUAUAAUGGAUGAGGCAUUGCAAUGCGUAGAGGAGCUGAAAUCCCCAGCUUACCAUCCGGAGCUCGUCAAGGAGGCUAUCUCCCUGGGCUUGGAGAAAAAUCCGCCGUGCGUUGAACCAGUGGCGAGACUGUUGGAAUAUUUGGUCUCCAAGAAGGUUCUAACUACUAAAGACAUAGGGAGUGGUUGUCUGCUUUACGGGUCUAUGCUCGAUGACAUUGGGAUCGAUCUGCCAAAGGCACCAAACAACUUUGGGGAGAUCCUUGGGAGUUUGGUUAUGGCCAAUGCAUCGGAUUUCGAGACGGUGGAAGAGAUUCUAAAGAAAAUGGAGGAUGAUCGGUUCAAGAAAGCAGUCUUGGAUGCUGUUAUCAAGAGUGUAAGCGAAUCUCUGUUGGCCGCGCAAGCAGCCAAAAUCGAGGCUUGCCGUAGUUUGGUGUAAGCAAGCUUUUUGUGUGGUUUCAUCUCUGUUACAGGUUACUUAAAUACAUCCUCCAUUUCCUCUGUUUUGAUAAGCAUUUUCGUUUCUUGUUCAACCUUCAAAGCUUUUACUAUCUAUGUUUGAAUAAAUCUGGUUAUGUAUCCUCGGUUUUGUGGACCAUUUGUGAGUCAGUGAGGUCACACUUUUCAUUCAGUUGUUAGAAAUAUCAUUUUUGACACGAAAUCUACUAA